GGUGACCAGUGGAUUUAUAACAGAAAAAAAUGUGAGAAAAAUCGACAUAUAUAUAUAUUCAGAGUUUUUGGUAUUAUUAUUUGGGCUGACAUCCAAUGAAAAUUUUACUUUUAUAUAAUUAUUUAACUAAUACAAGCAGCUGGACCGAAAACAAUGACAAACUGGAUUACAAACAAUUAAUUGUAAAUAGUUGUAUAUGAAUAUUUGAUUCUGAAAAAAAUUUAUACACUUUUUCGUACACACAAUAGUUAGGCGAGUCUCCCAAUAAUUUUGUUUAAUGUUAAUUAGCUAUACUCUAUAAAACCUUUGUUUUCUCAACGCCUCGUCAUAUCGAUUUGAACUCUGCAGACUAAAAAUAUAUGAAGUUUUAAAUAAAAUAUAUCCCGUCAAUGCAUAACUUUAGUCAAGGUUUAUGUUUCCUUAUGGAUGAUUGACAGUAAUAGACCGAAAGGUGUAUAUCUUUACAGGGAUGUAAUAACUUAUAAGUAAAUCAAAUUGAAUAUUUAAUAACUCAAAUUCUGAACGGUUUAGAUAAACAUUAUUUUCUUAAUUAGGAGUUUGAACUUUGAAUCGGUUUUGUUGGUCUGAAAUCAACCUGCACUAAUACCAAAAACAUUGUAUACAAUAUUUCUUUCACCAAGAUUCAAAUUAAGUACACAACAUGAUCGACUAGCCUACAUCAUUCGGUGAUAUCUCCCUUGAGCGAAGCAUACACCAUUUUAAAUUUACUCUACUUCGAAGAAAAAUGGCAAAUGGCUUUUAACGGAACUUAAACCUAUAACCUUUUAGACGCAUACUAGAUAAUUUAAAAGUUUUAACCAUUAGACCAAUUCCUCGUUGGUCAUAAUAACAUGUUUAUUUGAUGCAAAACAGUAAUGACCAAAAAUGAAAGGGAUAUGUUUUGUUUCAUGACUUGAGUUGAAAUGAAAAUUGUACAAAAAUUCAAACUGUUAUUCAAUUAAUUCUAACUAUAUUUAUAACUGGAUGAAAAAAUCAAUCUUAAUGGAUGUCAAUCUAAUAGCCAGAUUCAGUAUCAAAAAUAGUAAGCAUAUAACAGAUUUCAGUUAUCAAAUGAUUCGUAUAAGUUCACACAACAAAAAGUCUACCAAUAAACCGGGCCUCGUGGUCUGGUGGUAAAGGAACCUCGGUUGAGGUGUCCGUCAUCACGAGUUUGCGUCUCGACCACAGUGGAUUUAACAAGGUUUCUGUUUGGCUUCCAGAACCUUUCUCGCCAGUUCCGGUUGGACGUGGUGGGAUAGUCGGACUAAAUGAAAGAUCCGAAUAUCUGGAUUAUAAAAAAAAAGUCGACCAAUAAAGUCAUCAUGUACACUAUUCAUCUAUUAUUAUUUUCAGGGCGAAGCUAGAAUAUUUUUUAAAUGGGUCAGCAAAAACUAUAACUACGAUAUUAUCAUGGAUGCACGUGCCCCCAUAUCCAUCAACCUGCCUUCAGAAACCAACAUGUAUUAUUAUUACAUGCGGAUUUGAAAAUGGACAUCAAAGACAUUAGUGCAAAUCACUAAAUAAUGUAUAUAUCUACGUUAGUUAGUUUUAGAUGUUGUGAUCCACGUUCUCUUUUAUAAAUUUAUAAUCUACAAUAUGUUUGUAUAAAUAUGUUUUACAUAAUUAAUCAUUAGGAUAAGACCUGCGCCUUGCGCAGGGUAAAUUUAUAUGAAAAUUAUUUAAGAAAUAUCGUAUAGAAAAUAAAUUUAUAUUAUUGAUCGAAUUAAUAUUUGGCCCUUAAACAAUUUUUUAAAACUUUUUUUGUUAACUACAUAAUUUGUUUACUAAUGAACUGGUCCCAUUUUUAAAAAUAUUUUAAGUCAAAAAAUUAUUUAUCACAUAAAAACCUAACGUUUAAGCCAAAGAAUCUCAUGCCGACUAUUUAGUUACAAUGAAACUAUGUCAGCUCCGUUUUAUAUCAUGAUUUAGCAAUUUAAAAGUUAAUUAUGGUUAUGAGAAGUUUACGUUCACUUGUCAAUACUAUAUAUCUUCAAUAUUUUUCUCAUUUUUGUGUCAUUUUAGUUAUUUGCAUUCAACUUACGUGACAACUCAUCUUGACACUUUUUUAAUUAGUACAAACUACAUGUUCUAAACUUUUAAAAUGUUUCUCUAUUAAUAUAUAGGGGAUGUUAAACCAUUGAUCAUUAAUUUUUAACAUAAUAAUUUUAACAGUUUUAGUAAUUUUGUCAUUUUUAAAAAUUCAAAAUAUAACAUAUACGAAAAAAUCUAUAUUUUAAUUUCAUAGCUAAUUUGAUUAUUUAGUUUAUUUUAAUAAUAUAAAAUUAAACAAAAGCAAUGGAUGGGAUAUAAAUUGCUAUCAAAUCUUUAUUAUUAGAAUCAUUAAUUGUCAUAUAUAUAUUAGUCAUAUUUGGUAAUUCCGUAGGUUUUAUUUAAGGAAAGAAAAUAAAAUAGUAAUUGUACACUUUAAUUAAUUGUAUGAUUAGUUUAAUGAAAAGUAUAAUGUAUACUUAAUUGGACCAACAUAUUUUCUAAGGAUUCUGAAUUUCAUUUUGGUGAUGACACGUGGCUACACUUAAAGGUCGUAAUGUUUCUCAAUUCAUAUAUAAGGGAUGUGAAAGUUCUAAAAGGAAGACAUAAAAAAGAUUUUUAUAUACACAUAAAGACUAAGGAUGCCGAAUAAAAGAUAUAUAAAUGGUUUCUAUAUAAAUAGUUGUUUCCAUGUGAUAACUAUUAUUGCUCUCUGAACAAACCAAAAAGAACAAACGAAAGCUCACAAGAGUCACUCAUUAGAAUCUUCAUUCAUCAUCAAAUGCAAAAGAAGUUCACACAAUGUCUCUUCUCUGUGAUCUUCAAAUCAAUCUCAAUCAAGACUUCACUUUCUUCGUCAACAAGGGUUUGAUCUCAGAGUACUCAGGGUUCUUGAAGAAGAUGAUAAAACAAAACAACAACAAUAGAAUCAUUCUCCAUAUCGAAGACUUUCCAGGUGGAUCAAAUGGGUUCGACUUGGUUUCAAGGUUCUGUUACACUAAUGGCCGAGGAAUCUCAAUCAAUGUCUCAAAUGUCUCCAUCUUGUAUUGUUCUUCUGUGUUUCUUGAGAUGACAGAGAAUUUUUUUUCCUCAAAUCUCUCCCUACAAACAGAGAAGUUUCUUGAAGGAAUGUUCUACUGGUCAUGGAACGACAUCGUUUCAUGCCUUAAGAGCUGUGAGCAAGUGUUCUUACACGCAGAUUCGUACGGUCUUGUCGAUAAGCUAGUUUUCCGGGUUUUAGCAAAAAUCGUUCAGGGUUCGGACAUGAGUCAAGUCUUUGCCUCAUUCUCAACAUCUUCCUCUGCUUCAACCUCUUCUAUGUCACCGGAGACGGCAAAGACUAGGUCAACUUCGAGAUCGUUUUCUUGCAAGACAAGCAACGAGUGGUGGUUCGAAGAUUUGUCAAGUCUCGGGCCAAAGAUCAUCGAGAAGCUGGUAAAGAACCUUGGAGCUUACGAUCAGAACAAUGACAGUUUAGUCCUAACAAGAUUUCUCCUCCAUUACCUCAAGACAAAGGUCCAUUACAAAUCAAACAACAAGCUCGAGUAUGCAGGUUUAGCUGAUACAGCGGUUCAGGGAGUGAUCUUGAUUGCGAAAACCGCGUUUUGCUGCAGGAAACUCCUCUGGGUUCUUCGGGUUUUAUCGGGUUUUAGCAUCAGCAAGGAGUCAAGAAAUGGUUUAGAGAGAGUCAUAGGAGAAAUGUUAGAUCAAGCAACACUUGAUGAUCUUCUGAUACCAACAAGAGAGAAGGGAGAAAAAGGGGUUUAUGAUGUUGAUUUGGUGAUAAGGUUACUCAAAGUGUUCGUGAGUAGUUGUAACACAGAAGGAGAUGAGGAUUUGAGGUUUAGAAGAAUGGGAAAGUUGACUGAUAAGUAUCUGAGAGAGAUAUCUCCAGACCAGAAUCUUGAAGUGUCAAAGUUUCUUGAAGUUGCUGAGAGUUUGCCAGGUUCAGCUAGAGAUUGGUUUGAUGGACUAUUCAGAGCCAUUGACAUCUAUCUGGAGUCUCAUCCAAAUCUAUCAUCCGGAGAUAGAACAAAACUAUGUCGAUGUUUAAACUACAAGAAACUAACACUGGAGAUAUGCAAACAACUUGCAAAAAAUCCCAAGAUCCCUCCAAGUAUUGCAGUUCAAGCACUCAAGUCACAACAACUAUCGAACGAAACUCUACCAGACUCAAGAGAAGACAAGAUUAAACUAAACAAGACAAGGAAUUCGCGCAAGUACUUAGAAGAGAAACCGAUACUGGUGCGUCUGAAAGGAUUUGGGAUAUCAGAGAGAUUAGUUGAUAGGUUUGAAGAUGAUCGAAGGGUGGAUUUAGAGAGGAGGCAUUGGCAUAAAGUGAUGGAUCAUUCUGAAAAGGUUUGUAAGGAAAAGAAGAGUGAAAUAGUGUCAAGAUUGGCGACUCAUGGACAUUUUCAUUCGAGUUCUAAUUUUCCAAGACUUUGUUAAUCAACUACAUUCCUAAAUUUGUGUUGUUUCUCUUUAUAUAUAUUUAAAUCGAGAUCAUCAUAUAAUCAUCACCCACAUGCACUACUCAGGGUAUAUUACAAGCAGUUGCAUGCCUCAAAAAACUGUAGUUUUGAGAAUGCAUGUAAUUCUGUUACUUUGGAUGCAAAUAAAUCAACAUAUUGGCCUUUCAAAAAUCAUGCGUUGAGCAUUAUAUGUAUAAAACAAUUCAAAAUCAAAAUCACGGGAGGAAUAUUUUCUUGGCCAUAUACGUCACAUGCCUCCCUAGAUUUGAAAUUCUUGAAAAUGAGAUUCGUUCAUGAAUAAUGGUACUUAGUACUAUACCACAAAGGUAGCCUAAAACUGUCAUACCCUAACAUACCCACUUUUGUGCAUCUUGCUAAAAUGUACUUUUACAGAAUCUUUGUUCACUGUUGUCCCGAAAAUAAACGUUUUACCAUGUAGACCCGAACUGCAGCUGUAAAAGUUAUGACAGAUAUAUUGUUUAGAUGACAUAAAAAAUGGUGGGAUUGAUAGUCCAAUAAUGUUCUGAAAAACAACUCCCAAAUUCACGCCACAAACAAAUCUAUUUACCAAAUCACAAGUUUAUCAAACUAUAUUGUCCCAAGGAAAAAAGGGUAGUUAUUUUGGAGAUUUAAAUAUUCUCAAAUAACCAUGUUAUUAUGACAUAAUUGGAUUUGUAUCUUCUUCUUCAUCGGUUUACUAUAAUAAAACUCAAAAUAAGAUUUAGAAGUGAAUGUAAAGUAGCUAAGCUUUCUUCAAGCUCAUUGAUAUGAUUUUUCAACAUUGCCAUCCCCCAAAAGGCAAUGGCCAUUUUCACGAAUCUGGAAUUCACAAUUUUAGUCACUGAUUUGGGCUUUGUUUUGCAAAAAUAUAAUCAAAGUUAUACAAAAUAAGAAAACACUUACACAAUAAGUCUUGCAGUUAAUGAUAGCUGAGCUGAGAUUUGAGCCACAAUCAAAACACCAAAAUCAAACCCUAAACCUAAAUCGUUUCUCAAAUCAUAAAGCAUUUACCACAAAGUGUUCAAAAGAACCAAAGAAACAUCAAAGGGGGUCGGUUUUGAGUUGGAUGCAUCUCAUAAGAUAGUGCAAUAACCUGAACA